AUGUGUGCUGCAUGUGAACACGGGCAGGCCGACACUGUGCAGUUCUUUCUGUCACGUGGCGCAUCGCUCUCCACAAUGCAAUGGCCUCCAGGACGUCCUGCUCUGAUCUGUGCUGUCGAAAGCGGUAGUUGGGAUUUGGUGGUGGCUGUGUUUGCUCUGCCGAAUUGUGACAUCGAAUGCAAGGACGCUUUUGGCAGAACGCCAAUCAUCGUCGCGGCUCGCUGUGCACACGUCGGACUAAUCGAUAUGCUUCUCAAUAAAGGUGCUGAUAUCAAUCAACGAGAUGAUUAUGGUUGGACAGCUUUGACACAUGCUGUCCAUAAGAAUCACUUACCGUCAGUACAACUCCUUCUCGACAGAAAUGCUGAGAUCACCGGUAAAGAUAAGAGCGGUCAGGGAGCUCGACUACGAUCCACCACUUGGCAGACUGCUAUCGAAUUCUAUCCUGAAGCGCUUUUUGUUCUGUUCUCAAAGCUGAUGGAUGAUGCCGGAAUUCUUUUCAGGAAGAAACGCUUCGAAGACGCUAUGCAUCGGCUACAUUAUGCCUUGAAUAAAUGCGAGAUGUGCAAGAAAGGAUAUGAACAAUAUUGCAAGGUUGGUCAUAUGCAAAGCGGCAUUCUGAAAGUUCGUCAGCAGAUCAUCAUGUCGAUAGCGCGGGUACUGCGACGACAGGGCAGAACACAGCAGGCUAUCGACAUCUGCGCCUCACUUGAGGCAAACGCAUGUGAACAAAUUCUCUUCGAGUGCCACCUUCUCCGAGCCAAAUGUCAUUUUGACCUACAAGAUAUG